AUGCCGUAUAUUGACACCCCGACUCUUGAUGAGAGUGCAAGUGCAAUUUGCCAGCAUGACUUCCUCAUUUUCCACAGUUUUCACCUCGGAAAAUCCCUCAAACAAGAUGAGAACCUCAACCUCACUCUCCGACAUCAUUCCAGCUGUUUUCCACGAAGAGAGCCGAAGAAGAAACCUUUCAAGCGCGGCUGUCAAACACAUGACGUCACGGAUCCAGUGAAUGUUGACGGGAUGGACGAGAUUAAGAGCAAAUUUUUGGAUUUAAUCCACAAACAGCAAAAUAAGAAUAUAAAGAUACCCGCGAUGGGCUUCUCCGAUUACUUCAUUCAAAACGUCCAGGCGUCCUCAAUCCAGACAGUUCCGUCCACAAAAUCUGCUUCUCCAGACGACUCUGAGACUCGCCUGUCUGACCAGGAGAUUCUCGAGAGCACGGAGAGUAUUUAUUUCGAGGAUGGUGCAAACACGUCCUGCUAUGAGCUUGAGAAGUUCAGUGAGAAUUGUGACCUCGAGGGCAUAUCUAGACAGAUGGGCGUCUUGAAGCAACAACAUAAAGUGAUCUCCAAGAAAGUGCUUCAACUGAUCCUGGACAACCGCUCUUCAUGCAAUGAGGAGUUCUCCCGCAUUGAGGAGACAGAGAAGAUGCUUUGCGAAGCGAUUUGGGUGUGUAAAAAGGGUCGGAGCUACUUGAACUUUGCCAAAAAGAAUCUCACCACGACGAGCCUAGAGAUUCUCGCCACGUAUAAGAAAAGGGAAGUGCUCAUGGAACUUCUGAAGACGUUGAAGACCAUAAAGAGAAUUAAAACGACCGACACGCAGCUGCAGGAAUUGGUUUCCGGUGGGGAUUACUCAGGAGCCAUUGCCACGCUUCUGGAGUGCCGGAAAGCGGCUGAGCGCUACAGCCAGUAUAAGUGUGUGGAGUCUCUGUCGCAGAAGCUCCAGGACACACUACUUAUGACCGAAGUGCAAUUGGACAGUGUACUUAAUGAAAUGACCCAACAAUUCGACACGGCCAAGUACACAAAACUUCAGGAAGCCUACAGAUUGCUGAGCAAGACACUUAUGGCGAUGGAUCAGCUGCACAUCAGCUUCAUUUCCACCAUCCACACGGCCGCGUUCACGGUCGUGCGGAGCAGUGUUUCCGAUGAUGAGAAAACCAAGCAACUCUUUGAGACACUCUGCGAGUCUGUGGCCUCUGAUAAGUACAUCUCGUGCCUGAUAAAUCUCUGUCGUUCCUUCUGGGGCAUCCUCUCCUGCUACUAUCAGGUCACACUGUGGCAUCAAAACUUUAACGUAGAUGCCGAGGCGGACGAGUACAUCCAGGAGAAGCUUAAGAAUGGUCAAGUGAGGAUUUGGAAUGAUAUUCAGGCGAAGGUGUGCGUGUAUCUCACCAGUCCUCGACUGCACCAGCUCAAGUUUGAGCAAUUUAUCCAGGUUCUCUGUAUCAUUCAGCGCCUAAAGAAGGUGGGAAUGGAAUUCUGUGGAGACUCCUCAGCCAAGCUGAUGGAUGGCAUGCGAAGUCAGAGCAUGGAAUUUUUCAAGCGUUACCACUCAUCCUGUCUGGAGGAGAUCAGCCUCUUUCUGGAUAACGAGGCGUGGGUGAGCGUGAACUCAUUCAGCAGUGUGAGUCAAUUGCAGGAGUUCAAAUCUGUGAAGAAGGCUCUUCAGCGUCACGCUGCUGGUCAAACAGUGGAUUCUGUGAAACCACCGACCCCCAGACUUCCGGACAAUGACUCCUCUGUACACUCCCAGGACGGUGGCAGCUCAAUCUACGCUUUCUGUGGCUACUUUCUGCGUUUCUCCGAGAAAAGCAGCCCUUUUGACGGUGGUUUUGACGAAUCUAUGCUGCAGGAAGACAUUCUCGCUGGCAUUGCCGACGAAACUUCAUGCUACUUCUCAGAAGAGAGUGACGAUGAUAACAUCCCGGGGAUCAACGAAACCGACACUCCUGGCCAAUCUCUUAUUGUUAACAACACAUCCCUUACAGUGCUUCGCUGCAUUGGUCGCUACUUGCAAAUGUGUCGCCUUCUGCACUCAAUCGCACCCCAAAUAGUGUCUUCAAUGACAGAAUUGAUAGAUUUCUACAUCUUUGUAGUGCAUGAGUUCUUUGCCAAGGAUCUCCCAGUGGCCAGCAACAAUCUUUAUAGCACACGCUUAACCGUGAAUCUCCAGCGAAUCUCUGAUCAAAUUAUCCCAAAAGUUAGAAAUUGGCCACCAUCCAAGAUGAUGAUCGGCACAGAUCUGCAGCAGGGCGACGAAAUGUUUGGGCUGGCCAAGAGGAUUGUCGGCGUGGAGAGUUCCUGCUGUCUGGUGGAGCAAUUUGAGCAAUUGCAGGGAUACAUGCUACAUUUGUUGCCACCAAAUGAGCGAAAACCACUGGAAGAGUACUUUUCCAAUUCCGCGUAUGUGAGUGACUUAAGAAAGCCCGUUUAUAUGUGCGCUACCGCCAGACUGGCAGACAUGCACAGCAUCCUCCAGGCCAUGGGCAAGGUCAAGUGGGAUAUCAACCACGUCACAGUUCAGCAUUCACCCUACAUCGACAGUAUUAAUAGAGCCAUUCAGACAUUUGCGAUGCGCCUUGAGGAGUUGUCCAAGCAGACUUGCGUGCCCAAGGGCUUCGUAUGGGACAGUAUGGCUCAUGUGCUGACUCACACCCUGGUUGAGGGUUUUUCCAAUGCCAAAAAGUGCUCAACAGGUGGUCGAGCACUGAUGCAACUGGACUUCACGCACUUCAUCUCGCUGCUGGAGUUAAUUUCGGGCCUCAAGUACACCGUCCACCAGGCAUACGUAGACGCCUACGUGAAGGCGUUCUACUUGCCAAAGGAUCUCCUGGAGGAGUGGAUCCGCGAGCAGAAAGACACAACGGAGUACUCAGAGAAGCAGCUCGUCGGGCUCGUCAUGUGCACUUGCAAUAAUGACAAGAAGACACGACAGAAGUUGCUGGCAAUCAUUGGAACCGGCGAUGUAUCUUAAAAUCCCAAUC